ACAUAAAUCACAUUCUCUUUGAUUUAACUAUUGAACCAUUUUUUCAAGUUAGCUGGCUGUUUUUCUCAGUGUUUUUUUUUUUUUUUUUAUAGCUUCUCGUCUUGGGUUUUGGGGCUGCAACAGAAUGAUCAGCGUACCUUUUUUCUGUUUUUGUUUGGCUGCUGGACUCGCAAUGUCAUCCUCUCUUAGGACCCUGGACAGUCGUUCAGGCUGCAAUGAACAGGGCCUUGGCAGCUGUAACAAAAAUAACUGUUCAGACAAACGCAUGGUCGUAGGAAGACAGUUAGCUCCUACCGGCCCAGAUUUGGAUCCUGAGCAUGUGGGAGUUUGGAUGGACAAACACAGGCUUGUUCCUGUUAUGAAUUUGACGUGGACAUUACAAGCUGAUGCAAGUGUUCUUAAACUUCGUGGAUCGGAGAUAAGUAUUCUGGAUGACAGCACAAAUCAAAGUAUGUGUGUGCAGUUUUCUUACCUCAUCAGCCAACAGCAGAGUCCACAAUAUGAGAGGUGGAAGUUUUCCUUGUAUGGAGUUGUGGUAGAGCCUGGACACACAUAUGUGGUGUCAGUUUUAAAUUUACCAGAACCUGAUAUUGGAGAUUACAGGAUUAAAAAGCAAAUUACCAUCCCAGGAUGUGAUGACAAGAGAAUCCAGGAGGCCCUAAUUUGUCUGCAAAAUGGUAGUCUAUGGGAUCCUCACAUGACCACUAAUGUGUCCGUGGAUAAGGAACAUAAAAUGUUAUCUAUUUUAUUGGUUUUUGAGGCAGCACAAUAUUCAGAGCGAUACCAAGUUUCCAUCCAGAGUCAUGGUUUCCAUUACUCAAAAAAUGUCACAAAGGAAAACAGAACAUCACUGAAUGUGACAUUUGAGGUUGGUCUGUGGCAGCUCUCACAAUGUGAGGAAAUGUCUGUAAUGAUUCAACCAUUUUUUAUUCGUUGCAAGAAUGCCUGUUGGCGCCCCAAGAAAAUAAUCAAUUACUGUAAUUAUGAUCCACCACGGACCUUAAUCAUAAAGGCAACUGUGAUGCUGCUUGUCGUUGGCAGUUAUCUUACUUAUUUACUGUGGAGAACAUCUCAUAAAGAUACUGUGAACACAGCUUCAUCUGUUGCCAGAGAGCAACAAGAAGGUUUUCAAGUGCAAGAGAGAAAAAGAGUCCUCAUCAUCUACUCCCUUGACCACCCUUUAUACAAAAAUAUAGUUCUCAAGCUUUGUGCUUUUCUGGCAACCAAAUGUGGCACUGAAGUGAUCCUGGAUCUGCUGGACUCUACAAAACUGGGAGUGUUGGGACGCAUCCAGUGGUUGGACUGGCACAGAGAACAAAUAGAAAGGUCAUCGGAUAAGAUACUAAUCCUGUGCUCUCGGGGAGUGCAAGCCAAAUGGAGAUCCAUGUGUGGUGCCAAACAGGUUUUUCUGCGAGAGGACGCCCACUCAUCUGUGGGUGAUAUGCUCAGUCCAGCCCUCAGCCUCAUAGUCCCACAUUUUAUCAGAUCUUUGUCAUUUGAAAAGUACAUGGUGGCUUACUUCGAUGAUGUUUGUUCUGAAGACGAUGUUCCUUCACCUUUUAAGAUUACAGUACGAUACACACUGAUGAAACAUUUUGAGGAGCUCUUUUUCAGAAUCCUGGACACUGAAAAGCAUGAACCAGGCAGAAUGAAUCACAUUGAAGGGCUUUCAGAGGACCAGUACUACCACUGUCCCUCAGGACUUCGGAACAGAAUGAGCAUGAUGAAGAGAGCCUAUACAUUCCUCCUCAGAAGAGGAAUUACAACUUAUCAGAGUACCGACGGCCUCUUCAGAGUUCAUCCAUCUGUAAAGCAGGCACUGGCUGAAAACAAGCCGGUGGUCGCACUGGAGAGCACCAUCAUCACACAUGGCAUGCCGUACCCUCACAACCUGAGCACAGCGAAAGAGGUGGAAGCCAUUGUGAGAGAGGAAGGAGCCACUCCAGCCACAGUAGGAGUGAUUGAGGGUGAAGUCCACGUUGGUCUUUCGUCAGAAGAGCUCGACCAUCUCGCCCGCUGCAAGAGCUCCGUGAAGGUGUCCCGUCGUGAUCUGCCCUACGUCAUUAGCAAGGGGCUCUCUGGGGGAACAACAGUAUCAGCCACUAUGAUAGCAGCACAUCGUGCUGGCAUCCCUGUAUUUGUCACAGGGGGCAUCGGAGGAGUUCACAGAGAUGGCGAGAACAGUCUGGACAUCAGCGCAGAUCUGACGGAGCUCGGCAGGACUCCCAUUGCUGUGGUUUCUGCUGGCAUCAAGUCUAUUCUGGACAUCGGUCGCACCCUUGAGUUCCUUGAAACUCAGGGUGUCUGCGUAGCCACUUAUGGAGCGUUGAAGAGCUUCCCAGCCUUCUUCUCCCCACAAAGUGGAUUCACUUCUCCAUACCAAGUCUGCAACCCUGAGGAGGCUGCAAAACUCAUUGCAAGCACUCUGUCACUGGGACUGCAAAGUGGUGUCCUGUUAGCAGUGCCCAUCCCAGAAGAGCAUGCAGCAGCUGGCCAGCAGAUAGAGGAAGCCAUACAAGCUGCAGUAGCAGAGGCAAGUGCUAACGGUAUAACAGGAAGAGAUGUGACACCAUUUAUUCUUCAGAAGGUCAAUGAACUGACUAAAGGAAAGUCCCUUCAGGCCAACAUUGCUCUGAUUCAUAAUAAUGCUAAAGUGGGCAGUCAGAUAGCCUGUGCACUGUCAAAACAACUGAAUGAGAAAAGGUUACAGGGCAAAACGCCUCAUCAACGAAAACACUCAUCAGGAUCAGAUAUUAUUGUCAUAGGAGGAAUAAAUGUUGAUUUUAUUGCUAAAGGAAAAUCAAAAACACUUCGUUUUGGACAGACCAACACAGGAAGUGUCUGUCAGUCAUUCGGUGGUGUAGGUCGAAACAUUGCUGACUCUCUGAGUCGAUUAGGCCGUAAACCCCUUUUCAUCUCAGCUACUGGCAGGGAUUCACACGGUGACGCAGUGUUCAACUAUUGUAAACACAUGAACACAAGUGGUGUGGCCAGGCUGGAAGGUCAGAGCACGGCUACUUACUGUGUUGUUAUCGCUGAGAGUGGUGAAAUGAGCCUUGGACUGGGAGACAUGGACAUUCACCAGCAAAUCACAGAGCAAUAUGUGUCGCAGUUUGAGAAGCAGCUUUCAUCAGCCCCACUUGUGUGUCUGGAUGGAAACAUUCCUGUCUCCACCAUCGACUAUGUUUGUUCCAUCGCCUCCGAACACAACAUCAAUGUUUGGUAUGAGCCCACGGAUUCAGAGAAGGCUUGUAAGCCUUUCCUUUCUGACAGCUGGAAGUCUCUGUCCUAUUCAUCUCCAAACCUGGCUGAGUUGUGCACCAUGAAUAAAACACUUGGCAUCCCAACACCUGAAGUACUGCCGAACUCUCUUGAUGAGGUGCUGAGUGUUGCUGUGGCUCUCUCGCGCCCCCUUCUGGAGCAUAUUCACUGUCUGGUGGUGACUCUGGGGGAUAAUGGACUUUUGUUGUGCGGAGAGCAUGAAUCAGGCUCUGUCAACCUGCAGCCAAGAAAACAGAAAAGGGGGAGGCAGCUUUGUGCUCUCCACUACCCAGCACUGACUGUGACAGCGGAGGAGACAGUGAAUGUAUCAGGAGCAGGAGAUAGCCUUGCAGGUGCCUUAAUAGCUGGGAUUCUGCAGCAGCGAGACACAGACAGCUGUGCUCGGAUGGGGCUCCUGGCUGCAAGGCUGUCCCUGACAUCACCGCACCCCAUCGCGCCCAUGCUCACCUUAGACUCUGUGGAUCCCAGCAAAUUCCAGACUCAGGACUGGCCCAAACCCAGUUUUAUGUGGAUACACUGAAAGUAUUUCAGUUUUUAAAAAAAGAUCAGAUUUUUGGCCUGAAAAUUUAUGACUGGAUUUUGUUAAUCCUGGAGGUGAAAUGGUGACUGAGUAAAUGAAUGAGGCAUUUUACAGUCACCUUUAAAUCAAAAUUUUAUUUGAUAAUUUGUAUUGGUCAUUAACAGUUGAUUUGAAAAAAUAAAUGAUUCAUGUUUUCCUAAA